CCACGGCCCUGGGGGCGCUGGGGCAAGCCGGAAGAGCCUCAGAGGAAGGGGUGACCCCCCCCAACACUUGGGAGGGAGUGUGGGAGGGGCCCCCCAGCGGGUUGCUGAAGCUGCUGCAAGGAGGAAGUGAGAGGAGGAGGUGAGGUGCAGCAGGGAGCCUGUGGUAGCUUGGGUCUGGGGCACCAUGGCCCAGGCCCUGGGGGAGGACCUGGCGCAACCUUUGGAGAUGCAGGAUGACUCCAGCUCUUUGGGGUCCGACUCGGAGCUGAGUGGGCCUGGCCCAUAUCGCCAGGCUGACCGCUAUGGCUUCAUUGGGGGCAGCUCAGCAGAGCCAGGGCCAGGUCACCCUCCUGCAGACCUUAUCCGCCAGCGCGAGAUGAAGUGGGUGGAGAUGACCUCGCACUGGGAGAAAACCAUGUCUCGCCGGUACAAGAAGGUAAAGAUGCACUGCCGGAAAGGUAUCCCCUCGGCUCUCCGGGCCCGGUGCUGGCCCCUGUUGUGCGGAGCCCACGUGUGUCAGAAGAACAGCCCUGACACCUAUCAGAAACUGGCCGAGGCCCCUGGAGACCCGCAGUGGAUGGAGACCAUCAGCAGGGACCUGCACCGCCAGUUCCCUCUACACGAGAUGUUUGUGUCACCUCAGGGUCACGGGCAGCAGGGGCUCCUGCAGGUACUCAAGGCCUACACCCUGCAUCGGCCUGAACAGGGCUACUGUCAGGCCCAAGGCCCUGUGGCUGCCGUGCUACUCAUGCAUCUGCCCCCAGAGGAGGCCUUCUGGUGCCUGGUACAGAUCUGCGAGGUCUACCUCCCCGGCUACUACGGGCCCCACAUGGAGGCCGUGCAGCUGGACGCCGAGGUGUUCAUGGCUCUGCUCCGACGGCUGCUCCCGCGUGCACACAAGCACCUGCAGCAGGUGGGCGUCGGGCCUCUGCUCUACCUGCCCGAGUGGUUCCUGUGCCUCUUCGCCCGCUCCCUGCCCUUCCCCACCGUGCUGCGUGUCUGGGACGCCUUCCUCAGUGAGGGUGUGAAGGUGCUGUUCCGCGUGGGGCUGACGCUGGUGCGCCUGGCGCUGGGCACCACAGAACAGCGCCUGGCCUGCCCAGGGCUCCUGGAGACCCUCGGUGCCCUACGAGCCAUCCCCCCCACCCAGCUGCAGGAAGAGGUCUUCAUGUCCCAGGUGCACAGCGUGGCCCUGUCUGAGCAGGACCUGCAGCGGGAGAUCCGGGUCCAGCUGGCCCGGCUGCCUGAGUCCACAUCUGGGCCACCCCCGAGGCCUCAGGCCCGCCUGCCUGGAGCCCAAGCCAUUUUUGAGGCCCAGCAGCUGGCAGGGGUGCGGGGAGGCACCAGGCCCGAGGUGCCCCGAAUAGUGGUGCAGCCCCCGGAGGAGCCCAGGCCGCCGCGGCGCAAGCCCCAGACCAGAGGCAAGACUUUCCACGGGCUCCUGACUCGGUCCAGGGGCCCCCCUCUGGAGGGGCCCCCCAGGUCUCAUCGAGGCUCCACCUCCUUCCUGGAUACUCGGUUCUGAAGGUUCGACUUUGGAGGGUAUCAUGGACUCAGCGUCCCCUAACCCCAGCUGCCGAUUGGCCGAUGCCCGCCUUAUCAGUGGGCACUGCACUUUACCGCUGGGAUUUGGCGACUCGGCUCCCUGCCCAGGGACUGUCAAACGUGAAGGAAGGUCACAGAAUGCGGUUUCAGGGGCCCAGGCCUGCCAUUCUCCCACGGAGCUGCCCUGGUGCCCGGGCCCUUGCAAGCAUGGAAGCCGGCGCUGUAGGGUUAGGGGACCUGGCUGGGCUGGGGGACCCCAAAGGGCUCCUGGGGAGGCCUAGAAUAAAGCCGAACCUAGCAGAACCCUG